AUGAAGAUCCAGUGUGAUGUGUGUCACAAAGAAGUGGCUUCCUUGUUCUGCCCCUCUGAUGAAGCAGCUCUCUGCCAUGCUUGUGAUCGCACCAUCCACCAUGCCAACAAGCUCGCGGACAAACACAGACGCUUCUCUCUCCACCACCCUACCUCCAAAGACACCCCUCUCUGUGAUAUCUGUCAUGAGAAACAAGCGUAUGUAUUCUGCAGAGAGGACAGAGCAAUACUUUGUAGAGAGUGUGACGCUUCCAUUCAUGGAGUCAACGAACAUACCAAGAAUCACGAUAGGUUUCUUCUCACGGGAAUAAAGUUUGGUCCUACCAUUCUUGAAAGAACAACAACCUCUAGUUUUAAAACAAACGCCGCACCUUGUUCAAUCUCAAAUGAAAACAUUGAUUCUUCUCGCUCGGUUGGAUUGGCUUGUGAUUCGGCUUCGGUUUCAGCAAGCAGCAUUUCUGAGUACUUGAUUGAGACCAUUCCUGGUUACUGCAUGGAAGACCUUUUAGAUGCUUCAUUUCCAUCAAAUGCUUUCUCUAAGGAAUAUGAACACCAAUCAGCGUUUCAGAAUCAAGAUUUUAAAGUCAGCACAACUUCGAAUCUUUAUUCUCAGAUUGAUUCUUCAGUUGGAGUUAUGGAAAUGCCAAAAGCCAAAGCUUGUGAAGGAUACUCAAAUUGGGUUGAUAUUUCUGACUAUGCAGCCUACAAAGUUCCCUCAAUUAGUCCUCCUUUGGUCAAAAAAUGUAAACGCUCUCGUUAA